CUAAUAACCAAACCAGCAACCCGGAAAAAGGCAUCUGACUCUAUCCCAACCACACAAACAACCAGGAGACAGUGAGAAGUUCUGUGAUGGACGAAUCAGUACACUUUUUGGGACAGUUGAUAAGUACCAUGGGUUUAACUGCGGGCGGGACAGUCCUGUCAGUUUUGUAGCUCGCGGGGCGCUGGCUGCAGUGUUGCGCGCUGACUCUCCACCGCGGCCAGUGGAAAUGUGUGUGUGCAGAUAUGGACUGCACUCUAUAAUUUUUGGCUGUGGUGAAGGGCCCCAGGCUGCAGGGUUUUCUGCUGCAAAGCCUCAAUCACGUCACAUGAAAAACAGCUGAUGAUAUGUGAAGCAGCAGGCAUGCCGUAUCUGGACCGACUCAACCGUGUGUGUGGUUUCCUGGACAUAGAGGAGAAGGAGAACAGUGGGCGCUUCCAGAGGAGAUAUUUCAUCCUGGACACACAAGAAAAUGCUCUCCUCUGGUACAUGGACAACCCUCAGAAUCUAGCCCGUGGAGCCAGCGUUGUGGGCAGCCUAAAACUAACCUACAUCUCCAAGGUGAAUGAAGCCACAGCUAAGCAGAAACCCAAGACCGAGUUCUGUUUUGUUAUAAAUGCAGUUUCCAGGCGCUAUUUCCUUCAAGCCAAUGAUGAAACAGACAUGAGAGAGUGGGUGGCUGCUCUGAAUAAGGCCAGCAAGAUCACUGUCCCAAAAUCUGGAUCAACACCCUCUAGGCCUGAUGGUAAAGCAAUUAUCACUGAUCCCUUGCCAAAACAUACAGGGCGGAAACAGCGGGCCUACAAGACAGAGAUCAUUGGUGGAGUCGUGGUUCACACUCCUAUAGUGAAUGAGGGUGAAGAUGCUGAGCACAGAGAGAGGAGCAGGCCGGGUGUUCUAAGGUGUGGAUACUGUGUGAAACAGGGAAAUGUGAGAAAAAACUGGAAAAGACGAUUUUUCACAUUGGAUGAUAAUGCCAUUAGUUACUACAAAUCUGAGACGGACAAGGAGCCUCUUCGGUCUGUUCCUCUGAGAGACAUUCAGAAAGUCCAUGAAUGUCUCGUCAAGUCAGGGGAUCUGUUACUCAGAGAUAACCUGUUUGAGAUCAUUACUGGUUCCCGCACUUUCUACAUUCAGACAGACUCUCCUGAUGAAAUGCAUGGGUGGAUCAGAGACAUUGACAUGAAAAUACAAGAUUUUAGAGGUCCAUCUAAGCGGGCGUCCUCCCUGUAUCGUUCUCACAAAGUCUCUUCAGACUCCAGUGCUCAGGCAGAGGAGCGCAGACCCGUGCUGCAGAAGUCCCGCUCCGUGGCUCCAGGUUGGCAGCCGUGGACUCCUGUGCCCCCCGGGGAACCCUCCAUUCUGGAUGUAGAGGAGGACGACAGUGCCUUCAGCUCAUUACCGAUUUUACCUUCUCUCUCAUCUUCAUCUACAUCUUCCUCCACCUCCUCCUCCUCUAACUCGCUGUCAGUCCUCCCCAUAUGCCCGAGUACAGCUGCAGGGUCUUCUGCAGGUUUGGGGAUGCUGGCUGCAUCUGGAGAUGUGGCCAGUGAGAGGCGAAGGCACCGCUCUCAACCUCAGCCCCACAGCAGUUGUUACCCCUUUAGUCUGGAUGACGACAGCAUUCGCACCACAGACGUUUAGAUCCAGACAAAAGCCUGGCACUUUGAAUGUGACUGGUAAAACAAAGUGUUCAUUGCUCAGAAAGUAACACUGAGACAAAGUCCCCGUAUCUUAGCAUGUGUCCUCCUGCUGGAGGUAGUGGGUACUGCUGGUAUUUUGGGGUUUGUUCACGUCGAAGACAGAAAUAACAACAGUGUUAGUUAAAUGUGAAACUUGGAAGUAGUGUUUUACCAAUAUUCUUCAAAACUUGAAUACUUGUUUUAUAAAUGUUGCUUGCAAUUUAGAAAUGAAGGCACAUGCGUUUACUUACUCCUCUUUUGCACUUGGCUUUAUGUUAUCAAUUUACUUAAAAGUUUUAAAACAUGUAUUUUUAUAUUUUAUAUAUAUAUAUAUAUAUAUAUAUAUAUAUAUAUAUAUAUAUAUAUAUUUUUUUUUUUUUUUUUUUUUUUUUUUUUGUUACCCCCACUUCUUGUAACAACAGUGGAAAACCCAAGACACAGAUGCCAUAAUAAUAUUACAAAAUGUUUUUAAUUGCUAAAACACAUUGAUGUCUUGAAAGACAUAACUAUUAUUUUUAAAUAAUCAACACAUGGAAGAACUUAUUGAAGUGAUGUUAAUAAAUACAAUGGCAAUAAAUUCAUGGUACCUUUGAGAAUGUACUAUUUAUAUCAGAGUACAGCUGGAAAUAGAGAAUGUGAUUUGAAGUUGAAACAUAUUCAGGAAUUGUACCACUGCUAUGAAAUUGAAUUGUGCACUUUGCUAUUGUUUUAAUGUGUUUUUGUUCUUGAACUGUAAAUCCCUUUUUAUAGAGGACCAUAAAAACAUCUAAUGUUCA